AUGGUUUUCCCUACUUAUACAUCUGCUACUAAAAUAUAAGUUGAAAAUAAGAAAGCAAGAUUAUUUAAAGAUUAAAUUAAUUCAAUUUAAAGUUAUUCUUUUGAGAAGAUGAUUUAGUUUAUGAUGUUAUAAAACAUGAAUUAGUAGCUUAACAUAUAAUAUUAAAUGAAAAAGAAAAAGAAAUAAUAUUAAUCUUUAGUUAUUAUAAAGACUAUAUAUGGUUUAGUAGAUAAUUAAUUACCUAGAAUUUUAAAAAGUGUUCCAAUUGUAAAGUUUUUGAGACUUUCUAAUGGAGUUGUUGUAAAAAUCGUAAGAAAAAGUGAAACAGCUGGAUUGUAUGUUACCUAUAGAAUAGCUGUAUGA